ACAGCCGUCUUUGUAAGGAGACCACAGAGCUGAGCACUGUGACAGCAUCGUUGCUGUUACUUUGUUACCUGCAAAUCCCAAUGAACUCCCUGCAGAGAAGGCACUGACCCUGCCUGCAACUAUUGCAAGGCACAGGCAUCCAUCAGUGCAAUAUUAAGACCACAUUUCAUGUGAGAUCUUAACUUUAAUAUUUUUUUUUUUCUCUCACAAUAUAUUUUUAUACAUUUUUGUUACAAUCAUGGUGCUGGGGAAGGUGAAGAGUUUAACUAUAAGCUAUGACUGCCUUAAUGGCAGCCAUGUCCCUGUGUAUUCCAGUGGGGAUACAGUCUCAGGAAGGGUUAAUCUGGAAGUCACUGGGGAAAUUAGGGUCAAAUCUCUUAAGAUCCAUGCAAGGGGGCAUGCAAAAGUACGAUGGACUGAAUCAAGAAAUGCUGGAUCUAACACUGCCUAUACACAGAAUUACACUGAAGAAGUAGAAUAUUUUAGCCACAAAGACAUCCUGAUUGGACAUGAAAGGGAUGAUGAUAACUCUGAAGAAGGUCUGACCACUAUUCAUUCAGGAAGGCAUGAAUAUGCAUUCAGCUUCGAGCUUCCACAGACACCACUUGCUACCUCAUUUGAAGGCAGACACGGCAGUGUACGAUAUUGGGUGAAAGCCGAAUUGCACAGAGCUUGGCUCCUACCAGUAAAAUUAAAGAAGGAAUUCACAGUCUUUGAGCAUAUAGAUAUCAACACUCCUUCAUUACUGUCACCCCAAGCAGGCACAAAAGAAAAGACCUUGUGUUGCUGGUUUUGUACCUCAGGUCCAAUAUCCUUAAGUGCCAAAAUAGAGCGGAAGGGCUACACCCCAGGUGAAUCAAUCCAGAUCUUUGCGGAGAUUGAGAACUGCUCUUCCCGUAUGGUUGUUCCGAAAGCAGCCAUUUAUCAAACUCAGACGUUCUAUGCCAAAGGGAAAAUGAAGGAAGUUAAGCAGCUUGUGGCCAACUUGCGAGGGGAAUCCUUGUCCUCUGGGAAGACUGAGACUUGGAAUGGAAAACUGUUGAAAAUCCCACCUGUGUCCCCAUCAAUCAUUGACUGUAGCAUAAUUCGUGUAGAGUAUUCCCUAAUGGUAUAUGUGGAUAUUCCAGGUGCUAUGGAUUUAUUCCUUAACUUGCCACUGGUAAUUGGCACUAUUCCUUUGCACCCAUUCGGCAGCCGAACAUCCAGUGUGAGCAGUCAGUACAGCAUGAACAACUGGCUUGGUCUCGUUUUACCAGAAAGGCCCGAAGCUCCUCCAAGCUAUGCUGAAGUUGUCACAGAAGAACAGAGGCAGAAUCUUGUAUCGUCACAUGGUUGUGAUAACUUUGAAAUGGCUCUCCCUGGACCACUGUUUGCCUACAUCCAAGAGUUUCGCUUUUUGCCUCCUCCUCUGUAUUCAGAGGUUGACCCAAACCCAGAGCAGCCCGUGGAAGAACACCCUUCUUGUCCAUCUCGUUGAAGGUGUUUCUGUUUUCCACCAGAUGAGAUUCUGGCCAUAUACAACUAACGGCAGCCUAAUUUUGGGAGGCUUACUUUCACAGGAGACAGUUUUUUGUUUCACCUGCGUAGUUGCAAACUGAAUUAUCCUGUAGUCACGGUUAUGUCGCUUAUGGCAUUAGAUCCAGUAUAUGCUGUACGGCUUAAGGGAGACGUGCCCCCUUGCUGUUGGCAAACCCGCAAAGCUGCUGCAAUCAUACAUGGUCCGGAGAUGAGAUUAUCGUCCCGCUAGUACAUGUGGAUCAGCUUCCUCUUUACAUUUGUACACCUUCAGUGUGUAUGUGGGGCAGCUUCAAAUCACUACAGCUUUCUUUUUUUUUCACUUCUUUGGUUUGGCUGUGAUCUGCACACAUAGAAGCAAAAGAAAGCUUUGAUAAAAAAAAAAAAAAGAAAAAAAAAAGACUAAUGCACUAACGUUCUUGUUAUUAUUUUUCAACUAAAGUUGUUUGGCCUGGACUGUACCUGUAUGUUUACAUGCUUCGUACUGUCCCUUUAAGACUGCCUGUGCAACACCUCUUCAGCUUGGAUUCAGCAAUGGAUUUAACAGCAAACAUCGAAUGCCUUCAUGCCAAUUCCUAUUGCUGUCUGUUAUUUUGCAACAAACUGUAGUAGAAUAGCAAAAGUUCCAGUGGGUUCUCGAGAAAAAAAUGAAAAGAAAUGAGGAAUAAGACUUUUUUUUUUUAAAUUUUAUUUUGUCAAGAUUGUACAUCUUAAUUUCUUUCAGAGACAUGUUGCCUUUAUACUGUCACCCCAAGCAGGAUUUUGUUACAGACUUCCUACAAAUCACCUAAUCUCAGGAGAACUCAUCACUUGCCAAACUUUUGGAAUGCUAUAGUUGUCUAUAUGUUGCACUGUACUUUUGUUCUAAGGGGCAGGGGGAUCGUAUGGAGUGAUCUUGGCUGAUAAAAUGCACAAGAACAGCUAAAACAAAAGUCACAUUUCCCUUAUAGAGAGACAUGAAUAAAAAAGCUCUUUCUAAGCUAAAUUAGGGCAUUAAACAUACAUCAAAGGAAGGGCAGGCCGGAAGGUCAUAAGGAGACUCCAGUUGUGGUAAAAGUUGGGUAGAUACUGUCUGUAAAACAGAGAUCUGUUCUUCCUCAAAAUCAAGGCUGUUUAACACGGAGCCCUCUUUCCAUAGGCCGAUAUGUUAUCCAACUCUCCUUAAAUUGAGGGUCAUUGUCUAGAUUAAAAAAAAAAGCCUGUGUGAUUAAAAAAAUAUAUAUAUAUAUAUAUAUUGCUGCACAGAAAAUAAAAUGGCUCACCUAUCACAGUGAGUUGCUUGGCAAUGUUACUGAUAAUCAGUUGGGUAUGAUCUGUUUUAACAUUUAAUUCUAAAUGUGUGCAUUUGGUUGACAACUGACAUCACAGCGUACACAAAUUAAAAUAAUGAAUAAUUCGCUUGCUAAGAUUUAACCAGUUGACUUUACCAAGACUUAAACCGAAUUUCUUAGUUUUAAUGAUCAUAGGAUUAAUAUAAACAUUUUUUUUUCUUGCAUAUAUGCUUUUGAUUUUAAACAAAGAGGAAAGAACAGCUUUUCUAAUUGCACAAUACAAGCAAGUUUGUAAAAGGGUGAACUUGAUAUCUGCACUGGAGUUCUACUCUGGUUUUACGAAAGAGCCCUUCUUCCCAAAUCACGCUAAGCAGAACGCUUCCUAUAUUUGUUUAGUGCAAGCCUUGUACACAUUUUUCAGAUGCCCCUUUGACAGACGUAUCAUUCUUUUGAUUAUAAGGAAUGAGUCACAUUGUUCCAAGACUUGCUAAUUUAAGUUUAAAAAAAUAAAAUAAAAAAAACAUGCUUUUUUUGCAAGUGACCUUUUUAAGCUAAAUGAAUAAAUAUUUCUACAGUAAAAGCUUCCGUUGUGAAGAACUGUAACAUUUUUAAUAGUCACGUUUAAGUGAUUCAGUAGAUGUUUGGAUUUAUUUCAGUUUUAAUGGUUUAGAAAGAAGUGACUGAUUAUAUUCUUCUUUAUCUUGUUUGUUUGUUUUUUUUUUUUUUUUACUAUCUCUUGUCGAUGUUUCCUCACAUCUUCACCAUUUUCUUCAAGUGCUAGUGUAUUUGGCAUUAUAUCAUUUUUGUAUAAUAUAUAUAUACACGCAUAUAGGAUGUCUGUUAAACGAAACCCUUGUUCCAUUUUUUUUUCUAUAAUUAAGAAAAUGGGGAACACUUAAUCUUUUGCCUGUGAGGCUAUAGGCAUGGGUUUUUCUAUAAAAUAGGGUUGACCAAUAAUAAUGGCCACUGCAAAUGUAUGUGAAGGUUAGCAUUAUAAAGGCCACUGGCUCUCUAUCGCAUGCAGAUGUGGGUGAACAGAUUAUCUUAAAUACAAAAAAGAGAGAGAAAACUUCUACAAAGGUUGUAAAAGUAUUUAUUUACUCUGUUGUUAGAGGCAUUAUUUUACAUGAUUCUGUUUUUGUUUAUUAUUUUUUGUUUGUUUGUUUGUUUGUUUGUUCCUAUAUUGGUUAGUUCAAAGUUGGCAUAUGUAUUCCAGUAUUUGAAAGUGUUUCCUAAUUAGGAACAAACAAGUUAAAUCCAAACUCUUAUAGAAACAAAGUGCAAUAUUACAUGUUUGCUUAUAGAUACUAAUCUAUGGCUGUUUGUAAAAAAAUUUUUUUUGUUUUUUUACAUUUUUGAUUUAUUUGGUGCUGAAAUGUUACUGUUGGCUCCAUUUAAAAACAAAUUUUAUGUGGAAAAUGUUCUGUUUUCCUAUUGCUCUUCCUUGUUAAAAAUAAAAAAGUUCAUUUUUAUAAACA